GAGGCCAGAAACCAGCAGAGGCACCUGAGACCUCCACGCCUUCUGAGCUGACCUCAAACAAAGGAAUGGCCACACAAACCAUCAAGAUGAUGAAAACGCACUGGAAACAGAUGUCAGCUGAUAAAGAGGGAAUUGUAAUCACCUCAAACUCCAAAUCAAGAGAUGGAAAGGUUCAGUUCCUCGAGGAUGUUCAGAAGAAGAAGAAGAAGAAGCCGUGUGUGACGUUCCACAUUAUCAACAAGGGACCAAACAACAUCUACUUUACCAAUUGCACUGUCCUUGAUAGAAUUCGCUUUUUCACUUUGGAGGAUGAAAGGAAUGUAGCAAAGACCCGUCAACUUCUUCUCUGUCCUGAAGAAAGCUAUGACAUAGCCGUUUGUUUCAAGCCUAAUCAGUGCGGAUAUUUCCCUGCCACGAUCUACUUUGAGUUCAAGAUGGAUGUGCUGAAGCCAGAGAGCUUCUCCAUUGUCAGAGAGGUUGAAGUUUCAGUCAAAACCAAACUGGCUGCUGAGCUGCGGCCUGUAAAACCAUAUAAACCAUUCAAGUGGGUCAAAUCCAAACCUGCUGCUACUCGGGUUGUGGAAGGAGUACCACCUCAAGUGUGAGUUAUCUGAUCCAAAAUGGUUGUAGUCAAAUUAGAAGAUUAUAAGUGCCCCGAGUACCUGCCAGUACUAGCUAAAACCAGAAUGGACUUAAAGGAACUGAUCAUGAAAUUAGGCUCCUGUUUGCGUUUUGCUUCUAGGAAGAUUAAAAAAAUUCUGGAGUCUCUUUUGGAUAUGCAGAACUAUGCCUGUCGAUUCCACAACCUGCUUCACUUGGAAGAGUUCCAGAUGAGAGUGGACAUCAGAAAGUACGACCUCCACAACCAACCCAUGACCCAAGAUGAAGGCAACAAAAAACUGCUCGUACUGAAAGUCCCUGGGGUUGCUGAAAAUCGUCCUUCUGUACUUCGAGGAGAUUGCAUUAGAGUGACCCUGUCUGAAGAUAAAACCUCAGCGGUCACGUACACUGGAUACGUUCACAAAGUAGAGCUGGACCAAGUGAAGCUGGGCUUCUCUAAAAGCUUGUUGGAGAAAUUUGUCAACAAUAUGAAGUUUGACGUACAUUUUACCGUCAACCGGCUUACUUUGAAGCUGCAGCACCGAGCCGUGGACUUGGCCGUAAAACAUCAGCUGAAGGAGGUUCUGUUUCCUUCCGAUGCUGCAGUGCCAAAUGUUUCCAUCCCACAACUCAGUAUGCUCAAUCGUCAGCUGGAAGAAAACAUGGAACAACGUAAUGCCGUCUGUCACAUCGUUGCUGGAUCAUCAAAGCCUGCUCCUUAUAUUGUCUUUGGGCCUCCAGGAACUGGAAAGACCAUUACUUUGGUUGAAGCUAUAGCUCAGAUCUGCAGGGCAAAUGGCUCCGCCCACAUCCUCGCCUGCACACCUUCAAACAACGCAGCUGAUUUGCUGUGUGAGAGGCUGCAGAUGCACAUGGACUCCAAUCAGCUGUAUCGCAUGUUCGCCAGCAGCCGAGACCCUAACAGUCUCCCCCAAACCCUGCUGAGAAACUGUAACUGGGACAAGGACCAAGGUUGUUUUGUGUUUCCAGAGAAGGACGUUCUGAUUGGGUAUAGAGUUAUUGUCACAACUCUGUUCACAGCAGGCAGACUUGUGACAGGAGGGAUCCAUGUCGGCCAUUUCUCACAUGUGUUUAUCGAUGAAGCAGGUCAAGCUGAAGAGCCACAGUGUGUCAUUGCCAUUGCAGGCUUACUCUGCGCAGAAACGGGUCAUUUGGUGCUGGCAGGAGAUCCAAAGCAGCUGGGACCAAUCAUUCGAUCUUCGAAUGCAAUCGAGUACAAGUUAGGACUUUCUCUGCUGGAAAGGCUGAUGAAGCUCGAACUUUAUCAAGACUUUGAUUCUCGUUACGUCACAAAACUGCUGAGAAACUACAGGUCUCACGGUGCCAUUUUGAAAAUCCCCAAUGAGUUGUUUUAUGACAAUGAACUGCAGGUGUUUGCUGACAAACUGGAGCGCGAGACUUACUGCAAAUGGGAUGCCCUUCCCCAAAAGGGUUUUCCUUUGAUCUUCCGUGGAGUGCAGGGGAAAGAUGAGCGAGAGGCCAACAGUCCAUCGUUCUUCAACGUGUCAGAGAUCGAAGUCCUGGUGGAGUACCUCAGCAAGUUGGAACAAACCCAAGAGAAGAAGGGUCUGCCCAAGCUCUCUGCUAAGGACAUCGGCAUUAUUGCCCCCUACAGGAAACAAGUUGAGAAAAUCAAGAAGGCUCUGAGGUUCAGCGCACUCAAACAUUGGAGUGAUCUGGAAGAACUCAAGGUGGGAUCUGUGGAAGAGUUUCAGGGACAAGAGCGGAAGAUCAUCAUGGUCUCUACUGUCCGUAGUUGCUUCAACCACGUUAAGACGGACAAAGAAUUCAAUAUUGGAUUCUUGUGUAAUGAAAAGGUUUGUUUCCUUUUUCGUUUUGUUCAUUAA